GGCGCCAACUUCAGUGCUUAAUGCUACGUACGUUCGAUUCACAGGGAGUUUUGUACAAAACGUGAUAAUUGAGAGGCUAUAACAAAUAAAACGGCGAGACUAUAAUUUGUGGACAAAUCAACCAAGUGUAAGAAUCUGCCUUACUGGGUCCCUUUAAUAUUAAUUAGUUCCUAGCAAAGAUUAUAUUAAAAUCCAAUGCACUUGUAAUUUAUGAAAAUGGAUCAUGAAUCUGAACAUCUUAAAGGGCCUUCUUCAUUGUUAUCACCUGUAUAUUUGGAAGGAAAGAAUUUAGUGAAAAACAAACUUUUAGAUGAACCUUUCACUAAAACUUCAUCAGCUUCCAAUACACUUUCUUCGCUCUCAUUAAAUAACAAAUCAUUAAAAUCAUCCAUCAGUCUAUCAUACACAGGUUCAAUCCUACAUUGUGAUCACGAAGUAACAGUCGGACCUAAUGAUAGGCAUCAUGAGGAGAAAAAAACAAGUGUUCCAAGUUCACUUAAAUCAACUCCUAUCGACUGGUUAAACGACGCUAUAAUCAAAAUUUCAGAUACUAGUUUUCAAAAUAUACUAGAAUGUACGGUUGAUGAUUCUACGAAGAGAAAUUCUAUUCAUAACACAUUUGGUGAUUUACUGACAUACGAACGCAGAGAUACCUACAAACAGCUGAAACUAGAGUUAAUUAGCUGCAUAUCCUCCUCUAUAGUCGAUGGCAGUCCAUCUAAAGAAAAGAAAAUUGUUUUGGGACAAUCAAUUCACUCUUGUAUUGAUAAAGAUCCAGAAUUUAUACUUAAAGCGGCUUUGUAUUGCCGUAGAGAGUUGAAUAUACGUACAACAACCAAUAUGUUAAUAGCUGUUGCUAGCUGUAAUGAGCGGUCUAGAUCUUUUAUUAAGAAAUACUUUUCUUCGUGUAUUCGCACACCGUCAGACUGGAUAGAGGUUGCCGAAUACUAUGCAAUGAUAAGUGGCAAUCCAAGUUUGAAAGGUAUGCCAAAAGUCUUACGGAAUAGUAUGACAUCAAAGUUCCUUGAAUUUGAUCAGUACCAACUUGCUAAACAUUCCAAACCCAGAGGAAGAGCUAAUCGUUCAAAGAAAUCGAAGGCUCUGAAAAGAAGCCAAAAUGGUGUAGUAGUCAGUAAGGAUAUCGAUGCCAUUAUAUAUAGAUUGGCACACUCACCUCGUAUAUAUUUUACAAUAAAGGAGCUCAUUCGUAGAUUGCAUAUAUCAAGGCCCAAGUUCAACGUUAUGUGCGUUCUGGGAAAACCUUACCCAUCGGAUAUUACUGAUUUUAUUCGUAUGGGACUGGAAGGAGAUUGGGAUUCAUCCAAAGCAGGUACAUGUAUGAAGUUUCCUAUUCCUGUUACAUGGGAAACAGAAUUAUCAGUCAAUGGAAACAAUUCAGAUUCUUGGUCAAAACUUAUAACUUUAAACAAAGUCCCACAUAUGGCGAUGUUAAGAAAUCUGCGCAAUAUUUUGAUGUCCGGUAUUCAAGGUGGUCUUCAUGAGAUAGUCUUAAAAAGGCUUACAGAUCCCCGUAUUAUUAUAGAAGGGAAGCAGUUUCCGUUCCGUUAUUUCUCGGCUUUUGAUACUAUUGAUAAACUUGAACACUCAUUUCGUUUUCAACGAUUUUUAUACCAUACCGAACUUGUACAAGUAUUGAAACGUAAGAAAAAAAAACCUAGGGUAUUGAAAAAAUCGGAAUGGUUAGCGAAACACAUGACAAUGGCAACCGGAAAGUGGCUCUUUUGCAGUCGCAACACUUUGGACCGAUAUAAAAAUGCGUUAAGUACCGCUUUAGAAUUAUCAAUGAAGCAUAAUUUGCCACCAAUAUGUGGUUCAACAUUAAUUAUUUGUUCUACUAGUAAAUAUGUCAAUCCUUCUAAACAUAGAUCAUCGAAAUCUUAUAUAAAAAUUCUAGGUUUCCUUCUUGGCGCAAUGUGUACGUCGAUAUGUGAAACACCUACAACCUAUGUUACAGUUGGUGAUCAAUACAAUUUAACCCCAAUUGAAGUUGUAUUCAAAGAAAAACAGACUUUAAAUAAUGACUCGAAGCAUAACAAAUCUCUAUCUAAACAUAAAAAUAUGGGCAUUCUAGAAAGAACAAAGCAAAUGUAUAAAACACGUGGUUCACUUAUAUCUACUCCAGUUACGACAGUUUUUGAGAAACUUUAUGCUUAUCGGAAACAGUUUGAUAAAAUUGUUAUCUUUGGAGAUUGUCAUAAGGAAAUUGUUGAUUAUGUUACGAAUUAUCGGACAUACAUUGGACCAUUGAAAGCAAUCUGGGGAAAUUUGAGUGGUGAAGACAUAUGGCCAAAAUCAUGUAGUAAAGAUGGUUGGAUUGAAUUCAAAGGGUGUACAGAUCAAAUUCUACGUUAUAUUGCUGAACCAAAUGAAGAUAAAUUACUUGAACGUAUUGAAAAAAUAGAUGAAAUCUAUGGAUUAAAUAAGAAUAUUUCACAUCACUUUAAUUUAAAAACAAAAAUACAAGAAAAUCCUGAUAAUGGUAUAUUAUCGAAACGUGAUUAUUUUAGAUCAGGAUGGAAAUGUUGUCAGUUGUUUAUUUCAUCUACAUUUCGUGAUAUGCACGCUGAACGUGAUCUAUUAUGUGGUAUACUUGUGCCUGCUUUACGUAGAAAUGUUGCAUUAGGUUUACGUGUACAUUUAAAUGAAAUCGAUUUACGUUGGGGUGUUCCUGAACCAGCUACAUACAAUUCACAAGCACUACAGAUAUGUUUAGAACAAGCGGCUGCUAGUGAUAUUUUUGUUCUGUUAUUGGGCGAUCGUUAUGGUUGUAUACCAGACGAAGCUGUAGUUAUGUCAUUACCUGAAUCAUUAUUAUCUGAAGUGUGCAAAUUUUAUAAACCUGGAAUGUCUAUGACUGAAAUGGAGUAUCAUAUGGCUAGACAAGCUGCCAUAUCUAAAGUCCCUAUUCAUGAAAGACGACAGCAGAAUACAAUAAGUUUUCAUGAGGCAAUACGUCUUCGAAUUUGUGUUUUCAUUAGAGAUUCAGCAUCUAUAGAAAAUGUACCAGAUGAAUUGAAACAUUGCUUUGAAGAGUAUGAUGUUGAAAAACGUAAUCGUCUUAACGCCUUCAAGGAAUUAAUUCGUAAUGAUGGUGUUAUUGUUAGUCAUAAUUAUUCAGCUCAAUUCAAUGGUUUGAUAAAUAAUUAUCCAAUAAUGGGAAAUUUAGAUGAAUUCGGAAGUCAAUUUUUUGCAACAGUUAAAUCUUUACUUCUUUGUCUAUUUCAUAAUGAUAGUGAUAGUACUCCAGUAUAUAAUAGUGAUAAAUAUUUGCCUAUAACUGUUAAUAAGUCAUUGAAUACUAUUGAAUUCUUACGAGAAUAUGUUUAUUCAGCUGCAUGUGCAAUUGGACCACGUCAUCUACUGGAAGUAGAACAAGCUUUUAGUGCAUUAACUGAACGCGGUCAUCGAGUUCAUCUGGCUCGUGCAAUUCAGUCAACUGAAAAGAAAUUAAGUGUACGAAACAAUUCAACAAACCUUCAAGGUUGUGAUGGUAGUAUCCUUUUAAUUGUUGGACCGACUGGUAGUGGAAAAACUACCUAUUUGUCAGCUUUAACAAUAUCAUUGAUAGAAUCCGAUUGGUAUACAUCAUUUUCAACGAAUAACACAAUACAAAAAAAGUUUAAUUCUAAAUUACAUUCAAGUGGACAAUUAAUGAAUUCAAUGGAAAAUUCUAAAUGUAUUUCAAAACAACGUCCAACAUUUGCUAAACAUCAAAUAUUUAUACAUUUCUGUAAUGGUUUAUCAAUAUCUGGUUUACCAUCGAAUAGAAAAUUGAAUGAAAUACUUCAAAAUUGGUUAAAUCUAUUAACUAUUCAACUUGAUAAUAUCUGUAAUUGUGAUGAUAUUCUUAGAAAAUUAUUUAAUGAAAUGAAAUCAUCUUUUAAUGUGAAUAAAAUCUCUUCUAAUAUAGAUUUAAAAUUUAAUAUUCAGUGCUUUGCACGUUUCAUUCAAUUUAUUGGUUACUUAAAUGAUAUACAGUUUGCCUUUUUAAUUGAUGACUCCGAUCAGUUGGAACCAAUGACCUUAGAAUGGUUACCACAAAUUUUACCGAAGAAUGUUCGAUUCGUUUUAACAUGUGAUUCCAAAUCAUCAGUUGCUCAUAAUUUGUGCAAUCGAAUUGAUUGCCAAUUAUUAACUGUAUCUGGAUUAACUAUACACGAACGUGGUGCAGCUGUUCGUAGUUUACUUGGAAAAUAUGGAAAAGUUUUAAGUGAAUCCGGUUUUCCAAAUCAGUUAUCUGUUUUAAUUCAAAAACGAGAAGCAAGUAUUCCACUUUAUUUGAAAUUGGCUUGUGAUGAAUUACGUUUGUACAGUAAAUAUGAACAGUUGGAUGCAAAAUUAAAACAACUGCCUGAUACAAUAUCCAGUUUAGUGAUAGAUGUUGUCAAACGAGUUGAAUGUAGUUGUGGAUCAGAUUUAACUCGCAUUACACUUGGUCUACUUACUUGCUGUCGUCAACCAUUGUCAACAGAAGAACUACAUAAUUUAAUUGAUGAAUGGUUAAUUGAAUCAUGGAUGGAACAACAGUUCAAAAAUGGUUAUACAGACUGUUGGCAAGAAUUAAAAGUACCAUUGGACAAUCUUGAUAGUAUAAUAUCAAAUGAGAAGAUUAUUUAUCGAAUAAUCAAUGAUCAAUUCAAUAAUAAAAAUAAGCCUACAUUAUCUAAAGGACAACCACAUUUGCCGUCGCUUUUAUUGUAUAUCCUAUUAACUGGUCUUCAUCCUUUACUCUCUGGUUUCAUUGAUGAAAAAGCUGAUAUUGAUGAAAUUGACAAUGAAUUACCGCCUGAUGGUUCUAUGCAAACAAUAAAACAACAAAAGCUUGCUAUAUGGAAUCUUGGAUCAAGAGCAUUAUCAUUUUGCAGUCGUGAAAUACACAAUCUAGUCUAUGAUAUAUGUUUUAAUCAAUCAAAAAACACUAUAGGUCAUGGAAAAUAUGAAUAUACUUUCAAAAAUAAUCAAAUGAGGAAUUUUAGCAAACGUGCAAAAUAUGAUGAAAGUAUGCACGGUGAUAAAAUUCAUUUGAAGACAGUGACUCUUCAAACUAUACAUAAUAUUUUAGCUUCAAAAUCACGAAACAUGAAAGAUUUAAUUUAUCAUUUACAUCAUGCCGGUCGAUUAAAUGAAGUUGUUUGUUUACUCAGUAGUCCAGCGUUUCUUAUUCAUCAGAUUGAAUCUGGAUAUGGUUUGACAUUGCUAGACGAUCUGAAUAGAUACAUUACAACUACUGCACAUCAUCAAUCUGAAACGAACAAUAUUCCUACUUCAUUAGAUCUUAUGAAGGAUAAAAUUAUAACUAUGCAAAGGUUUCUUGCAUCGAAUUAUGAAUUUUUAAUUAAACAUCCGUAUUCAUUCGCUGAAUUGGCUAUCAAUCAAGAUGUUGACGAAUGGAUUCAUACAAUUGGAUAUGCAUGUUUACUUAGUUCAAAUUAUCAAGAGAAACUCAAUGGUGACUCAUAUAAAAAAUUUUUCCGUAUUAAAUUAAAUACUAAUGACAUUCAAUCUAUCCUACCGAAAAUUAUUCAACCAAUUGCAAUUCAUAAACCAGUCACACCACUAACUGGUUCCCAAGAUAUCCCAAUCUCAAUUGAACUUGAUCGAACAGGUAAUUUAUUAGCUUAUGGAACUGAGUCUGGCACAGUUACGGUUGUCGAGGUUCAAUCAUUUAAGAUAUUAUGUUCAUUUCUUGGACACAAUAUGCCAAUACUCAGUUUAUGUUUUAUUGAUGAUUUUGCCUCUGACGAUUCUACGAUCAGACCAUAUGGUAUGUCGAGUUCACAAUUAUGGCUAGUUAGUACUAGUCAGGAUGCUAGUAUACUUAUUUGGGAUUUAUCAAAUGUGAUAAACAGUGUUGCAUGUGGAAUAGCAACUAGUAUCAGUUCCCAAGUGUCUUCUUUAAGUGGAUAUCAUCACAAACCUGUGACUGUAUCUGCUUGGCAUCCGAAACGUCGUAUUUUGGCUACUGGUGGUUUAGAUUGUUUAAUUUGUUUAUGGGAAGUUGGUGAAUUGGGAUUUGGGUCAUAUUUUACGUCGAAAUCAUCUGGUUGUAAAAAAAUUAAACCUAGUAAAAAUCUGAAUAUUAAAUCAUCGAUUAAUUCAAUUGCUUUUCGUUUACCGAAUUAUGCAUCGGAUAGUGAAGAAUCUAUUCCUUCUGAAUAUUUACGUGAUGUUAUGGCAGUGGGAUGUUGGGAUGGUUUUGUCCAUUUCUACAGUCUCAUAUCUAUGAAUUGGAUAAAGUCUCUUGCAAUCUCAACAUCUGCUAUUUGUUCACUGGCUUACUCGCCGAAUGGUGGCAGACUGUUAGCUAUUCUUGACAGAAAAGGUCAAAGUUUCAUUUUAAAUGCGAAUACAUUUGCAUAUCUAGGCCGGUUAACUGAAAAUGUUACUUUUUCAUCAAUUGAUGAAUUCACUUGUCUUGAUGAACUGCAUCAUUUAUUACCGAAUCAAAAGGGAGUAUUAUGUUUCUCUGAACCAACUGGACGUUAUCUCAUUCAAACUGGCGGUGGGUCAUCAGUUGGUCGAAUCAAUGUUUGGAAUGCUCAUCUCGGUGCACCUGAAGGUCCAUGGAUUAACGUUAGUCGCAUUAAGAAAGAAAUGAAACGAACUAUAUUUGUCACAACCUAUACUAUUGACAUAAGUGGAAAGUAUAUCAUAAUUGGAUGGAAUGAUGGUCUCUUCACUAUUGUUCUAAUGACCAAUGGUGAUACUGUAUUCAGUUCGGAUAAAUUAAUUCCUUUGAUAAACGAUAAUUCAUCUGUUGAAGCUAUCGCUUGUGGUAUUUCACCUUAUUGCGAUGAUGCUAAUCUUGUCGUUGUUGGCUGGUCAUCUGGUGCAGUUAGGUUAUAUCACUUUAGCUUUAAGCCUGAAAUUAAAUCAAAACGAGAUGAUAACUCUACUGUUCAGUCUGAUAUACAUUCUAUUUGCAAUUUAUCCAUUGUACCUUUGUAUACUUCUUGGUCACAUUCUAUUGAACAUGCAGAGAAUGGGACAGGUGAAGCUGGUGGUACUCUAUGCGCAUCUGCUUCUAAUUCUAUCGCAGUUAGCGGAGGUGGGAAUUGUGAAGUAUGGGCGUAUUUUGUUGGUUCCAAGUUAAAAAAUCCCUUAGUAAGAUCAAUUUGUCUUCGACAACAUAGUGGUCAAAUAACUGCUGUCGCAGUACAAAUGAAUUUUAUAGCUACUGGCUCGAAAGAUAAAAAUGUAGCUAUCUACAGUUAUGAUUCAAAUACUGCAAAAGUAAAACUUCAAUACAUCAUACAUAAUGCUUCUAAAGAUUGGAUUAUAUCAUUGAAAUGGUCAUAUAUUCCGCAUAAAAUGCAUGACAGAAAACUAACAUUACUUGUUGGAAGUAAUGAUCAGUCAAUUCAUCUAUAUAGAAUUAAAUCAAAGAAAUAUAAAUUGAAACAAACACUUGUUUCAUAUAAACUUGGCAUUAAAUCACUUGAUUUCAAUUAUCCUUAUAUUUUUUCUGCUACAUCUAAUGGUCAUAUAAGUGUAUGGCGUUGUGGUCGAAAUGAACAUUUUGAACUUAUCAGUGAAAUGAUAAUAUCAUCACCAUUAGACACCUUGAACUCGAAUACAACCAAUGAGAAUGUAGUGAAUCUUAUUAAAAUUCAAUCAUUUGAAUAUAGUCCUUGUUAUUAUUCAUCGAACAAUGAAAAUGUUAUCAAUUCUUACGAUGAACUAGAACCUCAUCAAAGUAAAGAUUCUGUGGUCGAUACUAUGGAUUCCAAUAAUAAUCCACGUUCAUUAUCGUCUAAUGAUAUUAAUAACAAUGAAGAUGACAGUUUACAGCAUCAGGAUAUUACGGAUGAAAAUCUAGUUAGCGACGAAGAAAGUGUGAAAGGAACUCCUGAUCAGUGCUGUUUAAAUAAUGAUGAAUUAAUGGAUGAGGAUUCCGAUGAAACACCAAGUCAAUGCUCAGAGAAAGAUCUAGUGAUUGUGAAUGAGUGUAAUAAUGUUUCUUUCAAUAGUGAUGAAUCAGCAAGAUCUCACAUUUUUGACAAAUUUGUUAAUCGUCGUGGCUCCUUGUCAGAAUUACUUGACGAGACUAAUGUGAAACUUUUGGUUGGUCAAACAAUUUCCGAUUCACGUAAUAUUCAAGAGUUUCAGUUUCGAGUAUAUGAACCAUCACUUACAGGAUAUCAUGCUACUCUAAGUGGUCAUGCUGGCUUAAUUCCUUGUGGAUUAAGUUGUACAAAACCUCUGAAUUCGAAUAAUGAUGAUACACUACUUAUCAGUGUAGCUGGUCAAAAUUGUGAUUCUAAAACAAUUGGCUGUGAUAUUCGACUUUGGAAUUUACCUUUAUCGAAUAGUUCUUUAUCAUGUAAACCAACUCUUCAACAUACUGGACCAGUUAUAUGUGCUAAUUAUCUGUAUGUGACAAAGAAUUUACAACUUUGUAUAACUGGUUCAGUUGAUGGUGAUUGUAUUAUUUGGGCUGCUCGCGGUUCAUCAACUUCUCAAUCAAUAAAACCUAUAACUACUGCUACCACUACAUAUCAACCAUUGAUACGUUUAAUUAAUUCAGAUAUGAAACCAAGAUAUAGUAUAAAUAGUAUUGUUACACAAUCAUGGACAAUGAAUAAUGAAGAAAAGGAAAUAGAUUAUUUCAUUUUUAUUGCUUUUGGUUAUGAGAUUUUAAUAUUGCACAUACACCUUAAUCAUGAUAUUUUAAUUAAUAAAAUUGAUUUGGAAAAUAGUUUAUUAAAGUUAUUUUCAAAUGGAAAACCAUUGGAUAUAAAUAUUGUUGAAUUAAAUACGUUAUGGUCAAUUAAAACAAUUGAUGGUUAUGCUGAAAUACAAAGAUUUAAAACAGACCAUAUCGUUAUCGAAAUGUCUGCUUUACAUCAUGAACCAGUUAAUAUGAAUCAGUGUGGUGUUGUAGCACUUUUGUCCAAUGGUGAAAUUGUCAUUAUUCCAUUUAAACGUACAGACGAUGAACUCAUUCACCUUCGUGUCGGAGAUAAUCAUUGGUGCAGUUCAUUAUGUACAUAUCAAGAUGGUAUACUUGUAGCACAUAAUGGAUCAGCUUUAUUUCAUCCAUUUGAUGAUCAUAGUGCAAAUGUAUUCACACCACUUCGUGGAUCUAUCAAUAAUUUAGAAAAUAUCUAUAUUGACAGAAUUGAACCACUUUGUUUACCUAACGGAAAUAGUUUCAAGUUAUUUUAUAUUGUAACAAGCAAAUUAAAAUCUGAACCACGGAUUAUCUUCUUUAAUAGUGAUGAGCAUAUGCUAUUGAAUAUUUCGCUGGAAGGAAUGGAUUUACAAGUCACUGCUUAUUGUAUCACUUCAACUCAUCUUGACAAUGAAAAUUUAAUAGUGUAUUUAUUGUUGGCAACGUCGGAUAGUUUUCUACGUUUGCUGAAAUGUUCUAUCAAUGUUUGUAAUAAUUCGAAAUUAAGCAAAUGGGAACAGGUAAGAAGUGAAUAAUCACUGUCCUUAUUUCUAUCGUAUGUUUCAUAUUGCAAUAUGAGUAUUUUAAUCAAACGGUAGAUUCAAAAGCGGCGGGACUGUAAUUGAUGGACGAAAUAAUCAGAUUUAAGAUAAAGAGUUUCGAAUUUUCGCGUGAAAAACAUUCAUCCAUUUGGCUAAAUAGAGUUUUGGCACUAUAGCCGAUGUCAGUUCGUGGUGAAAACCGUAAAUCUAAUUCCCAACCCUAACCAUUAACUGUAAAUUAUAAUCCUUAUUUCUCACACUGGUUUAUAACCCUCACUUAGUCCUAGUUGGUAAGUGGACAUUCUCAAGUUUAGUUUAGCAUCUCUCAAAGGUCGUCUAUAAAUUAUAUUUUCACCGUUUUAAGCAUCAUAACGUUAUCCUUAUUCCAUAAACAUAUGGUCUUUAUAUUAAACUUUUUUUCUGGAAUUUUGAUAAAAUCAUCUAUUUGGUAGUUAAUUUAUCUCAACUUGAUUAAAAAUGUACUUUACACAAAUACACACUCGUAUUUUAGUAUUUCAGAUAAUUUUCCAUGGCCAAACUUAAGUAUGUGAUAAAUGUGUAGUAUUUAAAGUAAUAUACAAGAUAUGUACUCACCAAAGGGUGAGAUAAUAACAAUACCAAUGGAAGAUCCCAAAACUUCAUAACUAUGAUCGUACCUCAAUGUCUUCACAACUGUUGUGUUUCUAUGUGUAGUACAUAGCCUCUGGAAGAGGAGGACAUAUGUGGGUACAUGGGUUACUGGUAUGUAAUCAUAAAUAUCUUGAGUAUCACAUAUUGGAACCACCAAGUACCUAAUUGUUGUGGAUGUGGAAGGAUAGACCAAUAAUUAUCAUGUUAAGUCCAAUGGUGUCCUUGGACUUUAAAUGGACAUUUCCUACUGGUCGAUAUCUGUCCACUUGUUGAAUAUGGUACAAAAUGUUGUUUUCUAUUUUUAUGGUACGAUGUGGUAUGUUUGGUUAGUAUAUAAAUAGAGUAUGUCUGAAAUACAAUGAUUCAUAACUCAGAGGCUGAGAUUUGUGUUCUGGACUCAACUGGCUGGGAUAGGCAGGGAAUCGGGACCAAUCGUAACUCUAGGUCGUCCAUUACGUUCGUACGUGUUUACGUGUCAUUGAAUCGGUCGAUAAAUACGCUGUUCUCUAGUUUUUCAGUCAAGGACACAACAAUUAGCACAGGGUAAAAAUCGACCCAACUUAAAGUCACAACACUAAUAUUAAUUAUAGGGCUUGGUUAAUGAAUUACUAUGGUAAGCUGUUAUGUAAGGUUGUGAACUUUUGAACUUUGAAUAAUAUGCUAAAGGUCACAUGCAUAAGUGACAGAAUGACAGAAAACAUUAGAAUAACUCAUCUGUUCAAAAGUCACAAUCAAUCACAUAGACAUAUAACAAUAUUAACGACAACCUACGAUUUCCACUUCUUUGACCCUCUUUCUAUCAGUUGUUUGUCGCUAUUGCUAAUUUGUAGUGUAGUGAUUUAUGCUGACGCAUACAUUAUGUCGUUUCUAAUGUAUUCCUCCUUCGUUUUACAGCCUCCUCUUUUUAUUCUCGUGAUCGAUUCUCAGUAAGAGAAAUACAUUCAGAGUUUGAUUCGAUGCGUAAACAUCUAAUACUUGAUCUUUGUAAUCCCGAACUUCUCUAAAAAUCUGCCUACUCAUCAUUUUAGAAGUAGUAGGUUGCACUUUGUUCAUUGUGUGUGUGUUUGUGCGUGUGGUGAUGGUGACUGUAUGCUUAAUUAUAGUGGAAUAUAUUGUAGAAUAUUUUGUAGAGUGCGAUCUCUUUGUUUAUUUUAAGUGACUUUUAUAAUAAAAGAAUGAAACACCGCCGUGUCUGAAUUGUUUUAUGUGGUUAGCGAUUUUUAGCGAGUUAGUUUUCUACAGGAUUGGGUCGCUAACCAUCCUCCUUCAUCUAGCCUUGGGAUUGGCAGUAGCCCAAGAGGGGCUCCAAGAGGAGUUAAGAAUGACACAAACUGAAAAAACUAGUGAUCAAAAUUUAUCCAACUGGCGAGCAAAUUACGAAAUUGGUCACUUUCAAUAAAGAUCCUGUGAGGAUUAUGUGUUGCCUUCAGAAUGGUCAGAUUGAUUUUUACACAAUAGAACAAUAGUGCUUGUCUUUCAAUAAUCUCUGUAACCAUUACCUGUGAUGACGUAAUCUAUCUUUUUAUUCUCAUUUUUCUCUAUAAUGUAACUUAUUUUGUUUAAUAUUGUUAAUUUAACCGAUGAAUAAAUAAAUUGAGAAUAAAACCA